GUUUGAGGGAAUUGGUUUUAUUAGGUCUCACCUCAGCAAGUUUCAGCAUGAAUGAAGUCUCGUAAAAUCAGCAAGAUGGAUGUACAGAGAUACAAUUCAGACCAAACCUUUGGCCAUAUAUCUAACUACCCGGUGCUGAAUUCAAGUCCGUUUUUGCUGGGAGGGGAUGGUUUACGUCGUCAGUCAAUAAAAUGCCAACUAGGCUACUUGAGUGAUUGGCGCAAAGGUCCUAGAGUUAGCAGCGUUCGUAAUUUGUUUAGGAAAAAAAUUUCUGACAUCUUCUUUCUAAGUACCAAUUAUGUGUUGGGAGAGCUAGCAUCUGAUUUUGUGGGUGUCCUGGAAAACCAGCUAUUUAUGGAGGCUACUUCAGAGGAGGAGUAUGUGAAUGAGGAGACACUGUCUCAUCGGCUGCAAAUUUUACUCCAGCAUAAACUAUAUGAUGCAAACUCCAAUGAACAAGUAGGUUUGCCUUUGUGUUCGCCAAUGCCAACUUCAGGGCUGCCUCACAGUUGUUGCAAUUCAGGUGCUGCAGAAACACCGUCUAACUGCUUAAGUGGUACUAGUAAAUAUGACUCCAUUGGUCAUAAUGCUUUCAUAGCUAACAAUGCUGAUCACGUUAACCUCAUACAAGGGUCACCUUUUAAUGGUUAUAAGCAGGGAUAUGCCAAUAGAUUCAUUGCUUCCAAUGAAUUGGAUAUGUCUUUUUCGUCAGGCCUAAUGCAGGUUGCUUCUGAGAUUUUUCUUCCUCUUGAGGAUGCCUCAGCAUCAAUCACUGCAUAUUCCAAUGCCAAUGAGUUCUCUGUUAUUGGAGGUUUUGAUGAUGGGACAUUCGCUCCUCAAGGGAAUCUGCAUUACAGUUCUGAUAUAUUGUUUGAUUGUCAUGUUCAACAGCAACAUCUUGACCAUGGUCGUUUGGGGAAUGCUCAAUCCAUGGUUUUUCCAUCUACAGUGGGAGAAUUUUCAGCGGUUUCCUCUUCUAACUUGCUGAUCCCCCAACAUAUUCCAAUAGAAGUUCCUGAAGUUUCUAAUAUUCUUCCUGGCAGAAUCUUCAGCCAAGAGAUCUCAACUCUUGAGGAUAUAGUGCAAUCUUGUUCCCUGAUAAUGAAGUCUCAGCAUAACCAAAACCGACCCCAUCCUUCAUAUUUGCAGCCUCGGGGUCCUCCAGAACAGUCACAUGCUGCUCAACAGUGUGCUUCAGAUGGUCCUAGUUCAGGAAACAUUGAAGAUAUUCUUCCUUCGUCGAAAAGGACUUUCAUAUCUGCAGCACCAAUCUGA